AAUAUCUGUAUGGAAUUACAAACGUAAAACGACGUCGUUUGCUCUAACCUGCUCUAAAUUUUAAUUUCGAUUCCGAGUCUUCACAGAAUUAGAGCCAUAAAGCGUAGUAGUAGAAGAAGACGAUAAUGGAAAUAGCCGUUAGGGCUCUUCUCCCUGGCUUAAACUCCAAGAUAAUCAAUGGGAAGCAAGCAUUAGAUGUCUGUAGUCCCUACUUUUCUUGUAGAAGAGCAUGUUUUUUACCUCAGUUAAAAACCAUUAGUAGAGAAUUUCGGUUGAGGAAUAAAUAUUGCCCUUCUGUUUAUUGCGCAGUAUCGGGAGUGGAAGAAGUUGGAGUUUCUUCAUCACAAAAAGAGGACAUCUCGGUUUUGAUUUCUAAAUCAAAUGAAAAUGGAGAACUGAAGAUAAGCGUGGAGGUCUCAGGUGACAAAACUCAGAAAAUUUUUGAUAAUGUAUUUGAUAAAAUGGUUGCUGCAGCACAGCCAAUCCCAGGCUUUCGGAGAGUGAAAGGAGGAAAAACACCAAAUAUACCUAAAGAUAUUUUGCUGGAAGUACUUGGGCCGUCUAAGGUUUACAAGCAAGUAAUCAAGGAACUAAUCAAUUCAGCUGUAGCUGGAUAUGUUGAAAAGGAAGGUUUAAGGGUCAGUAAAAACUUGAGAGUUGAUCAGAGUUAUGAAGAUCUUGAGGAUGUUUUUGAACCUGGCGAAAAAUUUUGCUUCGACGCAGUUCUUCAGCUUCAUGAAACAAGUUCUUCUACAGCUGGAUCCAUUCCUAAAUGAACUCACCAGCAUGUUUGAGAGCAGCACAGAGAAAGGGUCUAUAUGGGUUACACUCAAAAGAUCAUCAUUGAAGUCAACAGCACAAAAGAAUCAAAUGACGACAGCUGGACAACCCCUUGAUUACAGAUGUCUUAUACGAGCAACUGAUGGCAAAAA